GUCAUAACAUCAACAUGUCAGAUGCCGCUAAAGUAGGUUUAUUUUUCACGGUGGCGUGAAGAAGUGUCGAAUUACUCAGAAAUCCGCCGACUGUGAAUAACUUCAUAAAGAAUACUGCGGAAUGAAAUCAGACCUGUUUAGGUGGCUUCUUAGGACACAAAACUAUUUUCAAGUCAGAGAAUUUUUUAAUUGUCAUAAAUCAGCAGAGCGCUGCAGUUCUCGGGACGCCACGCACAGUAACCCGAUAACUCGCGUAUAAAUCUGCAUACGCCAGUAAACGUAAACCGUGUAGGUCACGUCAUAUAAAACAUUGUGGGACUUACAGACUGGAACAUGCAUAUUAAGCGUAGAAACGUUAAGAUGCGGGCAGGUUAUGUACGGACAUACACCUGCCGCUCUGCUGACCCUCGGUCACCGUCAUAAAGGGGGAGGUGCUGAGAAAUGGAGCCGUUUCAGGCUCAGACCAUCCCAGCCGCUCCGUCCGUGUUUCUGACGCAGAAAACCCCGCCGACCACUUCCCCUGUCACCACGUUCACUACACUGCAGGCUGGAGUCUCGGCUGUUGGUCUUUGUGCUUUGCUGGCCCUGAUCCGCAUCCAUCAGACAUCAGUCAUAUUGCUGUGCUGAUUCACAACCUCUAGAUAGAUUCUCCCUGUCCCAUCAUGACCUCGGCUGACUCCCAGGGGGGGCUCUUCAUCUCGGGGGGAGGGGAGACGUACCGAAAUCCUACAGAGGUGAAGAUGAGCCAGAUUGUGCUGCCCUGCCACGCCAACCACUGCGGGGAGCUCAGCGUGGGUCAGCUGCUCAAGUGGAUGGACUCCACGGCCUGCCUGUCCGCUGAACGGCACGCUGGCUGUUCCUGCGUCACAGCCUCUGUCGAUGACAUUUACUUUGAGCACACCAUAGGGGUUGGACAGGUGGUUAACAUCAAGGCAAAGGUCAACAGAGCCUUCAACUCUAGCAUGGAGGUGGGGAUCGUGGUCACCUGUGAGGACCUCUACCAGGACCUCCAGUGGAAGGUCUGCCAGGCCUAUGCCACCUUCGUGGCCAGAGGCUCGGACAUGGGGAAGGUGCAGCUGAAGCCCGUCAGCCUGCAGACACAGGAGGAGCAGCUGGAGCACAGCAUCGCCUCCGAGCGAAGGAGGAUGAGGCUGAUCCAUGCGGACAUCAUGACUGACCUGCUCAGCAGCUGGCAGACAGGUGAGCCUCCGCAGGGACGGAUGCGGCAGGUGUCUGUGGGGCUUUCCGGCGUGAGCGUGCAGUGGCCCACUCAGUGCGUCUGCUUUGCAGUGGACGCGUUCCAGGAGCCAGAGGACGCAGUGGCGGCUGAGCGCACGCGGGUGGAGAGCGUGGAGCUGGUGUUGCCUCCCCACGCCAACCACCAUGUCAACACCUUCGGGGGGCAGAUCAUGGCCUGGAUGGUGAACGUGGCCACCAUCGCGGCCAGCCGCCUGUGCAACGCCCACCCCACCCUACGCGCCAUCGACAUGUUCCACUUCCGGGGUCCAUCUCAGGUGGGAGAUCGAGUCGUCUUGAAGGCCAUUGUCAACAACACCUUCAAGAACAGCAUGGAGGUGGGUGUGUGUGCCGAGGCCUACUGUGGCAAUGAGCCGCUGCGGCACAUCAACAGCGCCUUCAUGAUGUUCGAGGUCCUGGAUCAGGAGAAGAAACUCAGAAAGCUGCCACGCAUUCGACCCGAGCCUGUGGACGGGAAACGCCGAUACCAGGAGGCUAUUGCCAGGAAGAAGAUCCGCCUGGACAGGAGGUACAUCACUUCCUGCAAGCAGACAGAGGUGCCACUGUCUGUGCCCUGGGACCCCAGUAACCAGGUCUACCUCAGCUAUAACAACGUAUCUGCGCUGAAGAUGCUGACGGCCCGAAACAACUGGGUUCUGAACACUGAGAAGAACCAGGUGAACCUCUACACUCUGGAGGAGAACCAGGUGCUCUGUUUCAGGGUGGAGACCACAGUGGAUGUCCCAGCAGGCCGAGUGUUCCUGCUGCUCUCAGACCUGAGCCGCAGGCCUGAUUGGGACAGUCAUUAUAAGCACUGCGAGCUGAUCAACCAAGUGGACGAGGAUGACGGCAUCUACCAUGUGAUCACACCCUCAGUCAACAGAAGCAACAAAGUGCAGGACUUCAUCCUGCUGGCAUCCAGACGGCGGCCGUGUGACCCGGGGGACCCGUAUGUGGUGGCCCUGCGCUCCGUUACCUUACCCACUCACCCUCCUGCUGAGGAUUACACCCGGGGCGAGGUGUUCUGCGCAGGCUUCAGCAUCUGGGAGGAGUCUGACGGCAGCACUAAGGUGUCCUACUACAACCAGGCCUCUGCAGGGGUGCUUCCCUACAUCUCCACUGAUAUCGCAGGCCUGUCCUCCACCUUCUACCGCACCUUCUGCUCUUGCAAGAAGUUCCUGAAGGACAACAAGGAUGGCUACUCUGGGGGACCUGAAUUUGCCCAGGGUGUCUCUGGCCCCCAUGCCUAUGUCUCUCUAUAAGGACACAGUCCCACAUCUCCUUCCUUGGCUGGAGUCCCUGGUUCUACUGACCAUUUGCCUUCUCGAUUUCCUAGAACAUGUUCUGGUGGAACUAGCAGUGGUCCAAUAAAUUUUCAUGAAUCUGAAAUGUGCUUUAGCAUUUUGGGUAGCACUGUUAACGCCCACUUCCAGGUUCGGGAGCUCAAAGCCUGUCCCCCGUAAGGGAAGUUACUGCCCACCUCCAGCUUCCGGAGCUCACUGUACUGAAUUUGGAAUAAAUUUACUGGAAUACAGAA